UGGGGUGAGAGGGGCCGGAGGCUAAAAGAAGAGAGCCCACGGGACGCCGGCGGGAGGAGCGCCGCCGAGCCGAGCCGAGGCGCCGGGGAUCGUCCCUCUCGUCCCCUCUUGCAGAACCGGCCCGGGACCCCUGUGUAAUGUUCAACCUCAGAAAUGCCUUAUGUGGAUCGUCAGAAUCGAAUUUGUGGUUUUCUAGACAUUGAAGAAAAUGAGAAUAGUGGGAAAUUUCUGCGGAGGUACUUCAUCCUGGAUACCAGAGAAGAUAGUCUGGUCUGGUACAUGGAUAAUCCACAGAACCUUCCUUCUGGAUCCCCACCUGUUGGAGCUAUUAAACUCACCUACAUUUCAAAGGUUAGCGAUGCAACUAAGCUCAGGCCAAAGGCAGAAUUCUGUUUUGUUAUGAAUGCAGGGAUGAGGAAAUACUUCCUACAAGCCAAUGAUCAACAAGACCUGGUAGAAUGGGUAAAUGUUUUGAACAAAGCUAUAAAAAUAACAGUACCAAAGCAAUCAGAUCCACAGUCUCAUUCUGAUAGCUUAAGUCGCCAAGUUGAAACUCCAGGUGGAAAAAAGCAAGUGUCUUACAGGACAGAAAUUGUGGGUGGUGUACCUAUUAUAACACCAACUCAGAAAGAAGAAGUAAAUGAAUCUGGUGAUGGUAUUGACAGGAAUAAUCUGAAACGGUCACAAAGCCAUCUUCCUUACUUUACUCCUAAGCCACCUCCAGAUAAUGCAGUGAUCAAAGCUGGUUAUUGUGUUAAACAAGGGGCAGUGAUGAAGAACUGGAAGCGAAGAUACUUUCAAUUGGAUGAAAAUACAAUAGGCUACUUCAAAUCUGAACUGGAAAAGGAACCUCUCCGGAUAAUACCACUUAAAGAGGUUCAUAAAGUCCAAGAAUGUAAACAGAGUGACAUAAUGAUGAGGGACAAUCUCUUUGAAAUUGUAACAACAUCUAGAACCUUCUAUGUGCAGGCUGACAGUCCCGAGGAGAUGCAUAAUUGGAUUAAAGCAAUUUCUGGUGCCAUAGUAGCACAACGGGGACCUGGAAGAUCAGCAACUUCUAUGCGGCAGGCCAGAAGGCUGUCGAAUCCUUGUAUACCGAGGUAUACAUCAAGAACUGGUGAAUGCAGCACGAACAUUCCAACUGUUCUUCAGAAUCCAGCUAUGCUUUCCGUUCUGCCAGUGCAACAGCAGUCACCUCACAUUCCACAGCCUCUCGCAACCACUCUCUGGGCUCAAGCUUUACCAUGGAGAAGCGAGGAUUUUACGAAUCUCUUGCCAAGGCCAAGCCAGGGAACUUCAAGGUCCAGACUCUCACUCCAAGAGAACCAGCUUCCAAAGUGACUGUACAAGCCGUGCCGAAACCUCAGCAUCCCAAUGGCCCUCAGGAAAGAGAGAAUGACCUAGUGGAUCUGGACGACGCAAGCCUUCCAGUUAGCGAUGUGUAAGGACGUAGGCAUUUGGAGAGAAGGAUCCGCUUGUUAAAUGCUUGAUUUCCUUUUGUAUUUAUAGGGGCUUCUAGCCAAAGAUGAGAAGAGUAAGAAAGGGAGAGGGUAAAAUAGAUUUGGGAAAGAUUUACAUGAAAUGUACUGCCUCUAACCUGUUUUUUAUAAGCUGGUAAUCCCAGGUAAUCUAGAGAAUGGCCAAACUAGAACCAAUCUCUUAAAAUACUGAUAAUGUGUUUCAGUACCAAGGAUCUAAAUUCAGUUCACUAAAUACUGAUGCAAGCACCUACUAAGAAAUUAAAAUGUUAUAUGUUCACUACUGAGUGAUUAAAAAUUUGUAUAAAUCACUCUUAGAAAAUUUGACAAUUUCAUACAUACCAAAUUGAAAACAUGCAUUUUUCAAGGGAGUAGCAAGGUUAUAUUGAUCUUAUUGUUAUGGUCUUCUAACAAAAAAGGUUAAUAUGAAUGAAUGUCCCUUAAGUAUUUAAAUAUCCAUACCUUUUGAGUGAUCAGCAUUAUCUAUUGAGAAGUUACCAGACUAAGAUCAUUUGCAUCUUAAGUCUGUGGUGCUGCCAAAUUUCCUUUAGAAUAUUGAUCAUUUUGAAAAUUAGACCUUUUUUUCCUUCUCUUUUAAAAUGCACUGGUUCUUAAGGUGAGUGGUAAUUUUUGCACAUCAGGUGUUAUUGGACCAUCUUUAUAAGGGUUUUGGUUGGACUGGGUGAAGGGAAAAAAUGGGAACUCAAACUACUAUAUCCUAGACAUUUGAACUAAAUACAUUUUAUAUUGUAUUACAUCAGGCCUUGCUUUGUUCAAUGUUGAAAAUUACAUUAUUUGGUAUGAGUUUUUUGAAAGAUUUAGUUUUUUCUUAUCAACAUUUUGUGAAUAAUUCUUGUUUCUAUAUUUGGAUCAGUGAAAGACCUCAAGUUUAUUUUAUAUGUAAAGACAUAAUUGAUAAUCUCUCUUAGUCAUUCAAUUGUUGCCUGUAACUUUUGUCACUGAUAAUCUAUAUUAAAGUGCCUGUGUUUUCUCAUUUUGUUUCUAAACAUUUUGAGAUCAAUGUGUUCAUGACCCUACCUUACUGGUUUAAAACCUUGGGAUGAGAUUGUUUUUGAGUAGUAUAAUUUGUAUUAAACUAUUUAAGAUAAUGUCUUAUGCUAGGGAUAUCAGAAUACUGAUAUUACAUCUCCUGGCUGUGCAAUAUGUACAUUUCUAAAACUGAAUUCUGGAUAUACAUUAUAUUAUACAAUGUCAUAAAUAUGAACAGUACUUCUAAGGAAUCUUUAAAUUUCAGAUAUUUAAUAGUAAAUCUAAAUUGAGCAUGUACCAUUUUGUGAUUCAGUUUUGAAAACAUUUGCUUUAACCAAACAAUCUUGAAUUUUAUGUGCUGCUAUUUUUGUGAUUAAAAUUUGCUAUUUUGCGGUAGCUUGUUUUCUGCAAAUUAAUAGGUAACAUGUCAUGUGGGUCUCUUUUCAUUUUCCAAAUUGACUUCUUGUCUAUGAGAUACUGAAGUUUUCUACUAAAAUAGUGGGAUGUAAGGGUCACAUAAUCUGCAUAAUGCCAGAAUUAAGUAUAACAAUUUAAAAAUCUGAAUGGAUAAAGGAUGCCGUUGUUGAGGGUUUUUUUUUAAAUUCAUAAGCUAACAUUUUAAAAAAGUUGUACUUGUAAACUGUUUUUGUUUUCUUUGUCAGAUUUUGAAAAAUUUUUGUUCUUUUGGUCCAGACCUGUGAUUUCAUUGGUAUAGAGAAUUCGCAGUCCCUUUACCAAUGCAGAUCAAAAACUGUUCUCCAGGUUAUAGCCUUAGAGUUAACUGCCUGGGGUAGUGAGAUGUAAGGUGACUGCUUUUGGUCACCAGUCAGGAUAUGUGAGAAGUAAGACUUGAAUCCAGGUCUUCCCAGCUCUCGGGCCAGCUUUCUGUACUAUGCUACAUCUCUCUUGGCAAUUACCAUACGAAAGCUAAUUACAGAAUUGAACUCUCUUAAAGCAAUUUAAAGUUGUUUAACUGAUGUAUCAAAAAUAGUCAUUAAUUUGAAAAUUUCUGAAAGCUUACUUGUAAAAGAACAGUUUUUAUGCUAGACCUGAACUUAGCUUUCUUUGGUACAACUUUUACCUUGCAUGUUCAUUUUAGUAUAUUUCGGUAUUUGGCAAUUUGACAUAUUUGGUGGAGGCAAAAACUUAACUCCAUUUUGGGACUUUUUAUAGAACUACUAUGGUAGUUCAUUAGCAUAGGAAAAUGUUCUUGUGGUUGAUAAUUGUCAGGGUCUCCUAAUAUUUAUCAAUACUUUUAUAAAUCUAUGAAAAUUGUUAAAUUAUUUUAGAACUUGUGCUGUUUCUUGUAAAUAUGUCACAUUUUGAAUUGUCAAUAAAUUAGUUUGGAUAACUUAA